AUGCCCGUGCUGGACAGUGGGUGCCUGGUGACAGGUGCCUGGCAGUGGAUGUCGGUGCCAGUAGUGGGUGCUGCUGACAGUAGGUGCCGGUGGUGGUGGGUGCUGGUGCUGGCGGCGGGUGCUGGUGCUGGUGGCAGGUGCUGGUGCUGGUGGUGGGUGCUGCAGGUGGUGGGUACCGGUGCCAGUGGCAGGUACCAGUGCCAGCGGUGGGUGCUGCAGGUGGUGGGUGCCGGUGCCGGCAGCAGGUGCCGGUGCCGGUGCGGGCGGCGGGUGCCGGUGCCGGCGGCGAGGGCGGAGCGCGGAGCGCGGAGCGCGGAGCGCGGCCGGUCCCUCCCCCGGGCAGUGCCCCGGGCCCGCCCCGCACGGCCGGGCGGAGCCGCCGGCAGGCACCAGCACCGGCACCGGCAGGGCCACGGGCGGCGGCGGCGGCGAGGCACCGGCACCGGCACCGGCACCGGCACCACCAUGGCCUCGGAGAGCGCGGCGCAGCGGGCGCUGCAGUACGAGCAGACGCUGAUGUACGGGCGCUACACGCAGGACCUGGGCACCUUCGCCAAGGACGAGGCGGCGCGGCUGCGGCUGCAGCAGGAGCGCUGGGAGGGCGGCGCGCGGCCCCGGCGCCCCUCGGAGCUGCUCGAGUACCGGCAGGGCCGCUGCGCCCCGUGCCGCGUGUGCGCUGUGCAGUGCCAGCAGUUCCUUAUCUCGAAGGUGGGUGAGGACUGGAUCUUCCUCAUCCUCCUGGGGCUGGUCAUGGCGCUGGUGAGCUGGGCCAUGGACUUCGCCAUCGCCACUUGCCUCCAAGCCCAGAAGUGGAUGUACGGGGGUCUGGACACCAACGUGCUGCUGCAGUACCUGGCCUGGGUCACCUACCCCACUGUGCUCAUCACCUUCUCGGCUGGCUUCACCCAGAUCCUCGCACCCCAGGCCGUGGGCUCGGGGAUCCCCGAGAUGAAGACCAUCCUGCGGGGCGCCGUGCUGAAGGAGUACCUCACCUUCAAGACCUUCAUGGCCAAGGUGAUCGGGCUGACGUGCGCCCUGGGCAGCGGCAUGCCCCUGGGCAAGGAGGGCCCCUUCGUCCACAUCGCCAGCAUGUGCGCAGCGCUGCUCAGCCGCUUCCUCUCCCUCUUCGGCGGCAUCUACGAGAACGAGGCGAGGAACAUCGAAAUGCUGGCGGCUGCCUGUGCCGUCGGUGUUGGCUGCUGCUUCGCCGCCCCCAUCGGAGGUGUCCUGUUCAGCAUCGAGGUCACCUCCACCUUCUUUGCUGUCCGCAACUACUGGCGUGGCUUCUUCGCUGCCACCUUCAGUGCUUUCAUCUUCCGCGUCCUCGCAGUCUGGAACAAGGAUGAAGAGACAAUCACGGCGCUGUUCAAAACCCGCUUCCGCCUCGACUUCCCCUUCGACCUACAGGAGUUGCCUGCCUUUGCCGUCAUCGGGAUUGCCAGUGGCUUUGGGGGCGCGCUCUUUGUAUACCUCAACCGCAAGAUUGUGCAGUUCAUGCGCCGCCAGAAGACCAUCAACCGCUUCCUCAUGAAGAAGCGUCUGCUCUUUCCUGCCCUGGUGACACUGCUCAUCUCCACACUGACCUUCCCACCCGGCUUCGGACAGUUCAUGGCUGGCCAGCUUACCCAGAAGGACACCCUAGUGACGCUGUUCGACAACCAGACAUGGUCCAAGCAGGGGCUAAGCGAGGAGUUGGAGUACAUGGGCAUCUUGGAGGCCUGGCACCACCCCCGCUCCAACGUUUUUGUCACCCUCAUUGUCUUCAUCCUCAUGAAGUUCUGGAUGUCAGCCCUGGCCACUACCAUCCCCGUGCCCUGUGGAGCCUUCAUGCCUGUCUUCGUCAUCGGGGCAGCUUUUGGGCGCCUGGUGGGUGAGAGCAUGGCAGCCUGGUUCCCGGACGGCAUCCACACUGACAACAACAUCUACCGCAUCGUGCCGGGGGGCUACGCCGUGGUGGGGGCGGCCGCGCUGUCAGGCGCCGUCACCCACACCGUGUCCACGGCCGUCAUCGUCUUCGAGCUGACGGGGCAGAUCUCCCACAUCCUGCCCGUCAUGAUCGCUGUGAUCCUGGCCAACACUGUGGCCCAGAGCCUCCAGCCCUCCCUCUACGACAGCAUCAUCCGCAUCAAGAAGCUGCCCUACCUCCCUGAGCUGGGCUGGGGGCACCAUGAGAAAUACAAUGUGCGGGUGGAGGAUAUCAUGGUGCGAGACAUCCGCUAUGUCACCCUCAACUGCAAAUACCUGGACCUGCAGCACGUCCUGCACAGCACCAAGAUGAAGAGCCUGGCACUGGUGGAGUCGGCUGAGUCCAUGAUCCUGCUGGGCUCCAUCGAGCGGGCACAGGUGGUGGCCCUGCUCAGCCACCAGCUCAGCCCCGAGCGACGGCUCCAGGCCCUGCGGGAGAAGGCGCUGGCAGAGCAGACGGGCAACGAUGAGGAUGGGAACCGGCUCUCCGACGCCGGCGUCCGCUUCCAGAUCAGCACUGAGGCAUCGUCCUUCGCCCCCGUGCGCGGCAGCUCCCGCAAGCCCCUGAAGCCAGCACUCAAGCGGGUGCCCAGCAGCCUGGCAGAGAGCCCCCCAACGGGCACCACUGACCACACUGGCAUUGCUCUCAAGAGCCUCUUCUGUGCCAACAGCACCGCAGAGCCCGCCGAGGCCCAGGGCACAGCCCAGCGCAAGGCCAAACACGUCCGCAUUUUCACCUUGGAGGAUCUGGAUCUGGGUGACAAGAUGACCCCGUCGGAGGUGCUGGAGUGGGAGGAGCAGCAGCUGGACCAGCCCGUGGACUUCAGCAAUGCCAAGAUCGAUCCCGCACCCUUCCAGCUGGUGGAGCACACGUCGCUGCACAAGACCCACACCAUCUUCUCGCUGCUGGGCCUCGACCACGCGUACGUCACCAGCAUCGGGCGGCUGGUGGGCAUGGUGUCGCUCAAGGAGCUGCGCAAGGCCAUCGAGGGCUCGCUGACGGCCAAGGGGGUGAAGGUGCGCCCGCCGCUCGCCAGCUUCCGCGACAGCACCACCAGCGCCAGCGAGCCCGACACCACCGACAUCCGCCAGCUCUGGGACCGCCACCAGCACCACGCCAUGCCCCGCGAGGCCAGCCCCGCCGACGAGGCCGCCCCCGGCAAGGGCCAGUGA